AAAAUUAAUAUCUGGAAGACCUCCCUUCUCGUUCACAAACUGCGAAGGGCCAACCGGGAAAAAUAUGAGUAUUUUUAAGGACAAAUUCAGCUUCAAUGAUGUAUUUUGCCCACCAAUAUCUAGGAAAUACCUCGUGGCAAAAUCCUUGAUCCUCCAAGGCAAACUGACAGCGGGCUUAUAAAUUUGCCGGAUAUCAGAAAACGGAUGGUCCCUGAGUCGUCCGGGGAUAAAAGACACCGGCGACGCACAUAUCUAUGCACAUACGCCAGCCAAGGCGGUGCGGGUUUACGUUCUCGCCCGACAACACUUCAAGGCGUAUAUUAUCUUACUCUUGGCACGAUGAUAUCCAGCGCCAAAGAUCGCGAGAAAACGACAAGAGCGGGUGUUGAGAUGUGCCGUAUUAUCUUCACACGAUGAACAGAGGCGAACCCAAAUAAAAUUCCAGGCUUGAGAUGAAGUGAUGUGAGAAAAUAAUGUAUAAAGAGGACGUGAAAUCCCGAAAAUCCUUUCCCUUUACUCUCACAUCACCUCAUCUCAAGCCUUCCAGCUCCAACCAAGCAAUUCUCAAAAACAAAACCCAAAGUCAUGAAGCUCUCCAACGCCUUCACUCUCCUCCUACUGCCGCUAGCGGCCCUUGCCAACCCCGUCCCCGAGCCUGAGGUCGUGAAGGGUGAAGUCGUGAAAGGCGGCUACACCCCCCGCGAUAUUAUUGCCCUCCGCGACGAGGAUGCUGAAGUGGCGGGCCUCGUCCCCCGCGCCACCGUGGUCUGCAAGAUCGUCAACGUCGUGACGACUGUCAGCUGCCGCUGGAACCCCUGGCAUGCAGGGUGGAAUGGCAAUGGAAAAUCUGCGGUCCGCACCGAUUUCAAGCCUAAUACAGGCCAUGACUUUAGCUGCUACACGGUCGGAGAGUGCAUUGGCGGGAACUGCACAUGGGACUGGGCUCCGAACUGGAGUUGCUAUGUUCCAGGAUAUUACACUGACUCCAAGUGUACCAAGGCUGCCCUCGGACCCUGUCCAUGGCCAGAUGUGCCAAACAGCUCUCCACCAGCAGGACUAUGGGACUAAAUCCCAAGACUCAUACCCCCUUGUUACUAACACUAGCAUGCAAAUAGACACCUAUAAUCGAAGGUUAAAGGUUGAAAAGUGCCGAGGGUGGAUGGGGUUGUUGUGAGAGGUGAGCUGGGGUUUGUGCCAUUUUAUCUUCAUAGCUUAGCUACUUCCGUCAAACUUUAUGCAGUCGUAG